UCUCUCUCUCUCUCUCGCUCUCGCUCUCUCUCAACUCAAUCACGGCGACCAAAUCCAGCAACCUCGCCCAGGCUCAGUUCACUUCCAACCUCUCUCGGCGCGAGAACAACCUCGCCUACUCCACGGCACGGCAGCAUCCCCCUGGGCAUUUAUGAGUACGAACCAAGGACCCUCGCUCACCAAUUAUUACUUUAAUUGGAGGAAUUAGAGCAAAUCAAAGGUGGGAAACAUUGAGAGUGGUGAGCUGAUCAGCCCCAGAAUUAUUCUAACAUCAAUGAAAGUGAAACAACUUCUUUGCAUUGUCUUCUCACCUAUACAAUCCUGUUGAGACUUGUAGAGUGGUGCGUGCUUCCAUAAGCUGACCAUGUUAAGAGUUCCCAAUCCUGUUCCUGGUGUUUCAAAUUGCUAUGUAUUCAAGAGCCGAUUGCAGGAGUAUGCUCAAAAGGUGGGAGUAGGUACUCCUGUGUAUGAGACUACGAAAGAAGGUCCCUCCCAUGAGCCCUUUUUUAAGUCAACUGUGAUUGUAAAUGAUGUCAGAUAUGAUUCUUUGCCCGGGUUUUCCAACCGCAAGGCGGCCGAGCAGUCAGCUGCUGAAGUUGCUCUCAGGGAGUUAGCUAAAUCUGGUGGGAGUGGUGAUGUCAACCAAUGCAUUUCUCAACCAGUUCAUGAAACUGGAUUAUGCAAAAAUCUGCUGCAGGAGUACACACAAAAGAUGAACUAUGCUAUCCCUUUAUAUCAAUGUCAGAAAGAUGAAGCCCCCGGCCGAGCAGCCCUAUUUUCAUGUUCCAUUGAGAUUGGGGGAAUUCGAUAUAUUGGUGCUUCGGCUAGAACGAAAAAAGAGGCUGAGAUAAAAGCUGCCAGAACUGCACUUUUAGCUAUCCAGUCAAGUGCUUCCGAGUCCUACAAUAAACAAAUUGAAAAUGCUCAGUUGACUGUGCUUCCCUGCAAGAAACGAAGCAUCGAGUCAAAUGCCAAGGUUGAGGAGCCUCUGAGCUCUCCAAAGCCAAAGAAGGCACGGUUUAGGAAGAAAACAUUUAAGAAAAAAUUCUCCGGGAAUCGGGCAAACCAAACUGAAGUUAAUAAUGCAGGAAAGUGCAAUGUGGGAACUGAUGAUGCAUUGGUAGUGGCUUCUGAACAAUUGGGUACUGAAACUGUUUUGGUGAACCCCCAAGAUGAGAUGCACCAAAUGCCUCAAAGUGAAACAGAAAAAGUUUCUGCUGGUGAAGGUGGUUCUUUGACCAAUGUUGUUGAAAAUGGGCAGUCAACAGUUUCAGAUUCCAAUCAAAGCAAUAGUGGGACUCUUCCUCCAAUCUCUUCUGAGGGGGCUUUAACUAAUUCUACUGAUGUGGCUAAAGUGGAGACUUCAAGUGCCGAUACUAAUGUUAUUCAGUCGGAACAGAAUUUCCAAGCUGAUGACAAGCCCAUGUAAGAAUGCAGGGGCUCAGAGUAUGGAAUUUAUUUUGCAUUAAAGUAUAGGGGGGAUCUGAAUUUUGAUAGCUUAGUUAGCAGAGUGAGGUAGUUUCAAGUUGAUUUAUACGUAAUUGAUUAAUCCAUGUCUUUGUAAGAGAAUGCCUUUGCAUUGCUUACUUUAUCUUUACUUGUGUUAAGCAUAUUUUAUUGGAAGUUGAAACAAGAGGGAGAAAAUGACUACUUUAUAGUUUUGACUAAA